GAGGGGAGCAGGAAGCCAGGCUCUGGGAAAGGGCGGGGAAAUGGAAGGCGGUUAGGAAACCAAGGAAACGGCCGGACGCUCAGCCUGCAGGAUAGGCAUAGGGAACCAGAUGGUGCACAACGAUUGUUGUUGCAGGAAGCCGACUGUUACGAGAGCUGCACGCUGACCCCCCGUGCGACUGCCAGGUAAUAUGGAGCCGGCCUGGUGAUGAUAUAGCGCGUGCCAUUAACUCUACAUAUACAUGGCCCUUUCCUUAUAGCGUACCUAAAAGUGUCAUUGAAUUUGUGAAAGAUGAUUGAUUCAGUCCGUAUACGCCAUCAGGGCUCCAUGGAUUUCCUUUCGCACUAUGAAUAUCUGUGUGCACUUCAGGAUUCUGUCCCAAUGCCAGCUGUAAAAGCAAACCUCCGACAUGGCAGUCUCAGCUUCAAUGCAGAUCGGAUAAAACUCUCUGAUUGGCUGCCUAUUCUGAAUUCUCUGAAAAUAAAUAAGAGUUUACUAAAUGUGUCAAUAAAAAGUUGUCACCAGCCAGGACUUGGGGAAUCAGGUGCUGAGAAAUAUGGAAUUCAUUUUAAAAGGCGCAUCCCCCCCAUCCGAUCAAAGGACAUGACUUUUCAGCUAUGUAAAGCAAUUGCAAGCUGCUUGAGCGUUUCAAGCUCUUUAAAAGAGUUAGAGCUUCAUGGGCUACCUCUACGAGAGAGAGAUUUAAGAACUUUAGCAAAGGGUUUGGCUGCAUCCUCAUCUGUAGAAAGCCUAUCUUUGGCAUAUUGUUCCUGUGGAGAUGAAGGACUGGAAAUUAUUUGUCAUAGUGUAAAGAAUUCACCUACUAUCAAGAUAGUAAAUUUCACAGGGUGCAACCUGACAUGGCGUGGAGCGGAUCACAUAGCUAGUAUAAUUAAGCAUCAGGCUACCAGAAGGCACAGUGAAGCCUGGGCUGAAAGUCUGAGAUACAGAAGGCCUGAUCUUGACUGCAUGGCUGGUUUAAGGCGUGUCACUUUAAACAGCAAUACCCUAGUGGGAGACCGAGGAGCCAUUGCCUUGGCAGAAGUGAUUGGCGAGGACCUCUGGUUAAAAGCACUAGAUUUUCGUCAGUGUGGUAUUUCCAAUGAAGGUGCACAAGCAUUUCUUAAUGCAUUUCAAACCAAUACAACACUGAUAAUACUGGACAUCAGAAGAAACCCGCUAAUAGACCGUUCAUUGCUCAAGACCAUUAUUGAGAGAGUGUUAAUAAAUGCGCAUGAUACCAAUUCAGAGUACAAAUGGUACACAUCUCUAUCUACCAAGGAUAACGGGAAAGUAAGGCAAAAACGGAGAUCUAUAAACAACUGGAAUGGACGAAAAGGAAAAAACACUGUCCGUGUUGGGUUCUCCGCUAAAAAGCAAAUAGCUGUUGGAAGAAAGUAUUCCUCCAAAGAAUUGUACUCCCCUGAUCCAAGGCCUCCAGGAGCCGAAGGAUUUCUGCCUUGGCGUACAGCAGAGAGGGCAAAAAGACACAGGGAAAUUUCAGGAGAAUGGACCUCUCCAGGAAAGCCAGAUACUGCGGUGAAAGUGAUUCUGGAUAGUGAAACCUCCUCAGAAAGUGAAAAAUCUGACAAUAUUUUGAGUAUCCUUGAUCGUGAAUAUGCUGAGUCUGAAUCCUAUGAAAUAAAGAGUGGAGAAAACUACAAACACCUCCAGGUUGAACUGCAAAAGUGCCAACGCAUGUUAAAUGAGGAAAGAAAAGCAAGAUUGAGGGCAGAUGACCGCAUAAUAGAGCUGGAACUUGAAAGCACCCGACUAAGGCAAAUUAACCAUACUCUUUCUGAGUCUCUUCACUCGAGGACGGUUACCUCAGUAAUCUUGGAGGAUGAAGGUGUCCUUGACAGCAUUGAAAAGUCCUUCAGCAAGUUCCAUGCAUUUUUGGAUCUUCUAAAAGAUGCAGGCCUGGGGCAACUUGCAAACCUUGCAGGCAUAGAUCAAUCAGACUUUGCUUUGCCAGGGGAUCCUCAGAUGUCUUCUACCAUUGAUAAAAUAGCCCAGCAGGCACAGAUGCCACAACAAGGUCUGCAAGAAACAUUCUUUAUUCAUCAGGCACAAAGCAAAGAGAGGAAAGGUGAGCAUAUAGGCCCAUCAGAAUCCUAUGCUUUGACUGCUGAUACACUCCCUUCUCCCCGAGAGGCAGAUAAAUAUUAUGCCAACAGCCAGAAGAGCAAAGAAGGUUUUGAUCCUGAUCUAAAGGCUAGAGAGACAAACGUGAACAGUGGGAGACUUUCGGCUCUGGAGGUUGCAGAACCUUACUCGUUUGAUAAAAAAGGAUCUGGAAACGAAUACUCUGCCUCAGAUUCCAGCAGGAGCCAAAGAAGUAGCACAAGUCGAAAGUCCAAAGCAUCAGCAAGCGAAAAGGAGAAAAAGCUGUCUUCAAAAAGAAGCCUCUCCUCUGGAACAAACAAAGCUAGCCAGGAGUCCAUAGCAGCUAGGGAUGAAAAGGCUGCACUCCUUUCUAAUGCCAGUAUAUCUGAAUCUGAAAUACAGGAGAAGAUUAGUUCUUCCGAAAGCAUGCACAGCGGCCCACAUUAAAAAAUGUAUAUAAACAUUAAAAGGAAUACUUUUAACAUUUCAGUUUUUUACCUGCUAGUCAGGGAAUCUGUUAAGGUGAUACCUGAGCACACUGGGCAGAUUUUGCACCUGGGCAUAUAGCAAACAGCCAGUGAUUAGUUUUGUUCAGCAAAUGCAAUACAUAUGUAAACCCAAAAUGGAAAAAAACCUUUGCAAGAAAACAGACAUCCUAAUAUUUUUUAACUGCUUUAUUGUGACAUCUUUUACAGAUUUACAUUGGACUGAUACAUUGUCUUACAUUAUUGCCAUUAUUUUUCUUAAUAGGGCUAUGGCACACAGCACAUAAUUGAGUGUUUUCCUGCCUACAUGAUUUUCAGAUCACCAGGCAGGUAGUGAAGUGCUCAUCUAUAGACUUACAUGGCAACUGCGCUGAUUUUGCUUGCGCAUCCACAGGUCAGGUAUUUAUGACUCGAAAAUGCUCAGUGCCACAUUCUUAGCAAAAAUCCCUUAACUCUGGAUAUGCCAGCAAUCCAUAAAGAAGCUGUUGCCCUUACCUGGGAUAGAAAAUAUAUAUAUUUUUUCCAAAUAACCUUUAGUGCAUAGUAAAAACAAUAUUGCCGGUUAUGUCGGAAAAAUCAUAUUAUGUAGCCGAAAAUAUUUAGUGAUGCAUUAAGUUAAGUGGAUUCUCUCAAAUACUUACCCAUAUGAAAUAAAAGACACAAUGUUUUGCCCAGGGACAAUAAACAAUAGUAACCAGUAACAUGUCUAACUGACCAGUAAAUGCUUCUAGCUGAUUGGUUGCUACAGAAGACUAGCACUGUAGCAAAGUUUGCACCAUUUAUUUCAUAACCCUGGUAUUUUGCCAAACCAGCUCGACAGCUUUGAUAAGUGAGCUCAUAUUGUACAAAUUAGAGGCUGGGUUAUUCCGUAGAUUCAGUAUUUAGAAAAAAAAUUCAAAAUUGAUGUUUUGUUGCAUCCUCGCUGCAUUUACAAGGAGGCAUCAUUAUUUCAUGUAUUUAAGUAGUACAGGUGUUAACUGUGAAAAAGCCUGAAUUUGAUUAAAACCAGGAAGCCAUAACUUAAUGCAUGAACAGACAUUUUUUUAUGCCUAUCUGCAUUUAGUCAGCAUAAAUGGAAAUUUCCAUAAUAGUUGCUUUUGCUGAAGCAUUCUCCUUGAAUUGUAAACUCCACGGCACACACGGAUUUCCAUUGCCACAUUUAUCCCUGAGAGGGCCACAGCGUUAUUAAACGUUUUUAGCAUUAAUACAGUUUGUUGUGGACCAUUUAGGAUUGUUGUUUGUGCUAAAUGUUUACAAAUCUUUUUCAACACUGUGCAAAUCUGAUUUUGUAGAAUGCGUUUUACCUGAUUUUCAGAAUAAAUUGUAUCACUUUGGGUUAACAGAGUUACUACUAAUCAGUAGUACACAAGAUUUUACCACAUUUGUCUGUUGUUAGGUUUUAUUUAUAAACUUUGUAUAACUUUGAACUUUGUAUAUUUUUAUAUAAAGAACAUUUAAAUAAAAGAUUACAUAUUUUAUGGAUG